AUCUAAAACUUAAACAUAUAAACAAAAACCCUAGUUUUACUACUUAAUAAUUCUCUCACCGCUCUUCUCCGUCACCGCCACCGCCACCGCCACCGCAAAUUCCCAACGAUGUCGGACGAAGAGCACCAUUUCGAAUCCAAGGCCGAUGCUGGUGCCUCCAAAACUUACCCUCAACAAGCCGGUACCAUCCGUAAAAACGGUUACAUUGUUAUCAAAAAUCGUCCCUGCAAGGUUGUUGAAGUUUCAACUUCUAAGACUGGAAAGCACGGACAUGCUAAAUGUCACUUUGUUGCAAUUGAUAUCUUCACUGCUAAGAAGCUUGAAGAUAUUGUUCCUUCUUCUCACAAUUGUGAUGUGCCUCAUGUGAAUCGUACAGACUACCAGCUCAUUGAUAUAUCUGAGGAUGGAUUUGUGAGCCUGCUCACUGAAAAUGGCAACACUAAGGAUGACCUCAAGCUUCCAACCGAUGACAGUCUGCUCACUCAGAUCAAGGAUGGAUUUGCUGAGGGAAAGGACCUAGUUGUGUCUGUUAUGUCUGCUAUGGGUGAGGAGCAGAUUUGUGCCUUGAAGGAUAUUGGUCCCAAGUAACUAGUCUAUAUUUUGGCCAGUUUGUUGUUUUCAAUUAAAGCAAGAUCAUUUUUCUAAGUUUUUGUUUAAGAUUAUUGUCAUACUAGUGGUGGUGAUGGUGUUUAUGGAUUUUCCUUGGUUUAAUCUAUUUCUCUGUUGUCCUGUGACUAUUAUAAACGAGGCCCAUGGGAAGUUGUCCUUUAUCUUUUUACGGUGUUAAGUUAUUAUCUUUUUACGA